UUUAUAUUCCUUCAAUACUGCUAGUGCUAUAUAUUUGCUUGCUAAGAUCUGUGAUCUAGUACAACUCUUACUAAACUUUGCUUCGCUUCUCUCUCUCUCUUUCUCUGUGUCUCUGUGUGAAGGGUUGGGAAAUGGGGGAGGUAAUGGAAGGGUUUGGAGGGAGUAUGGAGAGGAGCUGUGCUUCUCUGCUUAAAGAGCUUGAGGACAUAUGGAAGGAAAUGGGAGAGAGUGAAGAGGACAAAGACCUAAUGCUCUUGGAGUUGGAGAGGGAGUGUUUACUAGUUUAUGGAAGGAAGGUGGAAGAAGCCAGCAAAUUAAGGGCUCAACUUCAUCAUUCAUUGGCAAUCAAAGAAGCAGAGGUUGCAGCUCUCAUGGCUUCUCUCGGGGAGCACAAUCUUGAAUUACAGAUGGAGAAAAAGUCAUCAUCAUUGAAGAAGCGACUUGCUUUGGUUACUCCGCUACUAGAAGAUCUGAGAGUAAGGAAAGAGGAACGUGUGAAGCAGUUCUCUGUUGUGUCAUUACAAAUCAGGAAGCUUCGUAUGGAGAUAGCAGGAUACUGCAGUGAAAGUAAUACUAGUAACAGUUCCUUCAAUAUCGAGGAACAUGAACAUGAUCUAUCGUUAAGGAAGCUCAAUGAUUGCCAAACACAACUUCAAGUCCUGCAGAAAGAGAAGUCCGACCGUCUUCACAAAGUUCUUGAGUGUGUUAAUGACAUCCAUUCACUCUGCGCGGUUCUAGGACUUGACUUUCGGAAGAUUGUUGAUGAAGUGCAUCCCAGUCUGCAUGAGGCAGGUUUAGAGCGAUACACAUAUAUCAGUGAUUCCAUUUUAGAUGGUCUAACUCAAGUAGUUUUGAAAUUAAAGAAGGAGAAAGAAGUUCGACUGCGGAAGUUGCGAGAAACCAUGGAAUCAUUGCUGAAGCUGUGGAAUAUGAUGGAUUCAUCAGAACAAGAAAGGAAGCCUUUUGAGAAACUUACAUGCAUCGUUGGAUCACUGAACCAGAACGCCACACUUACCGAAGUACUCUCUCUAGAAACAAUAGAGCAGGCUGAAGCCGAGGUUCAAAGGCUGACAGAACUGAAGACUAGCAGAAUGAAGGAAAUUGUACUGAAGAGGAGACUUGAGCUGGAAGAGAUAUGUAGAGAAGCACAUCUUGAACCUGAUAUGAGCACUUCACUUGAGAAGUGUAUUGCAUUAAUAGAGUCUGAUCUCGUUGAUUCUUCUGAGCUUGUGGCCACCAUUGAGGCACAGAUACUGAAAGCAAAGGAAGAAGUUCUAAGUAGGAAAGAAAUUAUGGACAAGAUAAACAAAUGGAUGGCUUCUUGUGAUGAGGAAAAUUGGCUUGAUGAAUACAAUCAGGUGCAGGAUGAGAAUAGGUAUAUGGCUGGAAGAGGAGCUCAUUUGAAUCUAAAGCGGGCAGAGAAGGCAAGAGUGAUCAUCAGUAAGCUGCCAGCUAUGGUUGACAAUCUUAUAACCAGAACAUUUGUCUGGGAGGAUGAGCAUAAUAUGCCUUUCUUUUAUGAUGGUGUACGAUUGGUGUCGAUUUUGGAGGAAUAUAAACUUAGUAGGUUGAAGAAAGAACAGCAGAAAAAACUACUUCGGGAUCAGAAAAAACUACAAAGUUUGCUUCUUGCUGAAAAGGAAUCAAUAUAUGGAUCUAAACCAAGCCCGAGAAAAAGCAAGAUAAAUGGGAGUGGAUUCAUGACCCCCAUGGUCCGACGGAACUCCUUUGGUGGCAGAACACCGGAGCUGCUCACUCCCCAUUCCUACUCUGGUCCAAGGGGAAGGUUUUCGACGACACCAUUUAACUUUGUUGCUUUAUCAAAAGAGGAUACCUCAUCAUCGUCUGCAUCACUAAGCGGGUCAGAACUCGGGUUUGGUUUUCAUGCUCAACUUCAGAUUUAGAUUGACAGAAAUGAAUUAAAACUGUACAGUAUUGUUCUAACAUGGAAUUUAGAACUUCUAAUGAUUGUGUUGCAGUCUCAAUUUGUUUAGGAUGCAGUUUUAAGGUGCUGUGUAUGUAAAUGCAUAUUAAUAUGUGAACAAGUUUGCAAUAAUCGUAAAGCAGUUUCAGCUCAUUCUUUUACCAUUCA